GAAAGGUUUGUGGCAGUUUGUUUGUUGUCAUCUCCAUCCAGCGGUGAGACGUUUCACCGCGCUAGCACCAUUCUCCCCCGUAUCCUCCCCUCUUUUAUUCUCUUUUCUUUGUCCUCUUUUUUUUUUUUUUUUUUUUACUUUUAACGCGCGUGAAUUAAAUCCCAGCAUCACAUCACACUCCCGACGGCUGUGGUGUGAAACGGCUGAAACAUCCGGAAGAAAACCGUAACAAAAAACAAAAAACAAAAGAAGAAGAAAUAACAACUGGGCGCGACGGUUGAAGUUGACUGGCAGAAGCCGAACCAUGGUGGUGGUGGUGGUCAGCGCGCUGGCGGCAAGUUGGUGGCUGGCGACGAGCACGACGGGAUAGUUGCACACAGGGCCACUUUGGGAGGCGGAGGAUGGGCGUGUGCGGACCGCGUCGCUACUACUCGUCGUGUUCGUCGGCGGGUGAGAUGUGAAGUUGGGAGUCGAGCCCCGCAGAAGAAAAGGGGAGAGUCUCCGCCCGGAGGAGGCAGAAGAGAAGAAGAAGAGCAGAAGAGGAGGAGGAGGAUGAUGAGGAUGAUGAGGACGAGGGGGCAUCACGUCUCGGUGCUCGUUGGCAUCUGACCAGGCGAAGUCUCUGGCAGCACCAGUCAGGUGGAUCCUCCCCGACGGUCUGGACGAUGGGCUUGCAUCGGCUACUCCAAGUAGACUCUUGUUCUGUUUCUGAGGAGGCAUGACUUCAUCAACCAGCCUCGAUUCCCUCUGAAGUUAGUUGUUGGCCACUGUUCUACUUUGCUGCUGUGAGGUAGAGCAGCUCCCGCUCUGCCUGGGAAGCAGUGACAGACGAACGGAUCGACUCGCCCCGUGAAGUGUUCUCCCUUUCAUGGAUGCCAGGGUGGCCCUGCUGCACUCAUGGACAGUCCUUGUCCUCCUGACAGCUGAGCUGAAGUGGAUUGAUGCUGCAGAGGUCUACACCAACACUUGGGCUGUCCAGAUUGUUGGCGGGCCAGAGGAGGCUGACCGCAUCGCCUGGGAACAUGGUUUCAUCAACCUCGGCAAUGUGUGUGAACUGACACUGGUUAUGAAGCAUCUGCAGCGCAAAAUAAUGCAAUGGAAGUGGAGCACUCGGAAGGCGCAGACCUGCGCCAAGGCUGAAGAAAUCCAUUUUGCAAUGGUUUUUGGAGACUAUUAUCACUUCAGGCAUCAUGCCGUGGAGAAGAGGGCUUUGUUUGGCCAUAGGGGGAUGCACAUCAGACUGCAAAGAGAACCACAGGUCCUGUGGACGGAGCAGCAAGUGGUGAGAAAGAGGAAGAAGCGUGACGUGUAUGAAGACCCGACAGACCCUGAUUUCCUCAAGCAGUGGUACCUGUCCAACCCAACACAUCAAGACAUGAAUACCAAAGUAGCCUGGGCUCAAGGCUACACAGGGAGAGGUGUUGUGGUGACUAUCCUGGACGAUGGCAUUGAGAAGGACCAUCCUGAUCUCGUCAGCAACUAUGACCCUGACGCCAGCUAUGACGUCAACGAUGGAGAUGCUGAUCCCCAACCAAGAUACACACAACGCAAUGAAAACAGACAUGGAACUCGAUGUGCGGGAGAAGUUGCGGCCGCAGCCAACAACGGUGUGUGUGGAGUGGGCGUGGCCUAUAAUGCUCAAAUUGGAGGAGUUCGUAUGUUGGAUGGGGAGGUGACAGACAUGGUCGAGGCCCACUCCCUGAGCCUCAAUCCUCAGCACAUCCACAUUUACAGCGCCAGCUGGGGCCCAGAAGACGACGGCAAGUCACUGGACGGUCCUGCCAAGCUGGCUAAAGAGGCCUUCUUCCAGGGAAUCACUAAGCGCUACAUCAAAAGACAUCAGCGGGAACGGCUAAAUGAUCAACGUGAGCUGAGAGUGAAAAAAAGAAGCAGAGCAACCUCCACUGAUGCUGAGCAACAGUCAGAUUCAAAAGGCCACACAGGACGCAGCGGACUGGGCUCCAUCUUCGUGUGGGCCUCGGGGAACGGUGGCCGGGAGCAGGACAGCUGUAACUGCGACGGCUACACCAACAGCAUUUACACCUUGUCCAUCAGCAGCACCACGCAGUCCGGCAACGUGCCAUGGUACAGCGAGCCCUGCUCGUCCACCCUCGCUUCCACCUUCAGCUCUGGAAACCCGGGGGAGAAACAGAUAGUGACCACAGACCUGAGGCAAAAAUGCACAGACUCUCACACAGGCACGUCUGCAUCAGCCCCGCUGGCUGCUGGGAUCAUCGCUCUGGCCCUGGAGGCGAAUAUGAACCUGACCUGGAGGGACAUGCAGCACCUGGUGGUGAGAACGUCCCGGCCCGGACACCUCAGCGCCGGAGACUGGAAGACCAACGGAGUGGGACGCAGAGUGAGUCAUUCGUACGGUUACGGGCUCCUGGAUGCCGGUGCUAUGGUGGCUCUGGCGCUGAACUGGACAACACUGGGGCCCCAGCAUCAGUGUAUUCACACAAUGCUGGCAGAGCCAAGGGACAUCGGAAACAAGCUGGUUUUCAGCAAGAGCGUGGACGCCUGCUGGGGACGACCGGAGCAUGUCGGCUCCGUGGAACACGUUCAGGCUCGCCUCACUCUCUCACACAACCAGAGAGGAAAAUUGGCCGUUCAUCUCCUCAGCCCGCUGGGCACACGCUCCACCCUGCUGUUCCCCAGGCCCAAUGACUUCUCCUCUGAGGGAUUCAACGACUGGGCCUUCAUGACCACCCACUCCUGGGACGAGGAUCCACAGGGGGAAUGGACCCUGGAGGUAGAAAACGUAGCAGCUGACGGACGUGACUACGGUGUUUUAAAUCAGUUCACACUCAUCCUUUGGGGCACCGGGCCGAGCGCCGUCAACCCCUCGUCGGCGGAUUUCCCUCGGCCGUCCAACAACAGCUGCAAGACCUUCGACGCCCAGCAGAUCUGCAUCGAGUGCAGCCCCGGGUUCUCCCUCUUCCUCCAGGGUUGUGUGAAGCUGUGUCCGCCGGGCUUCACCUCUGGGCCGCAGCUGCUCAACCUCUCCCUGGAGAACUGGGUGGACCUGUCCUCCAUCCAGGCCUGUCUGCCCUGCAACGCCGCCUGCCACACCUGCUCUGGCCCCGGACCUGCCGACUGCCUGUCCUGCCCGCCUCACAGCCACCUGGUCCUCGCCUCCUGCCUGCACCAGAACCAGGUCCAGCGCAAAUCCCCUCUGCCUGGGGAACCUCAGGGCGACGGAGCCCAGCCGGACGAGGAGACCCCAGCCGCGGUGGACGACAACAGCCGAGAGAGCGAGGAACCGCCGGGGCUCGCCGCGGCUCCGUCCACUCGGCUGCCCGCCGUCGUGGCCGUGCUCAGCUGUGCCUUCAUCCUGGCUGCCUUUGUCGGGGUCUUCCUCUUGCUGCAGAUGCGCACGGGUGGCGCCUCUCUGGGCUGGAGGACCAAACUGCCCUCUGUGUUUUCACAGACGAGGGGGGUGCGGGUGGGCUUCGGCUUUGGCUUCCGCCGAGGACGGGAGAGGAAGACUCGGAUAUGCUACAAGGGGAUCCCCACUGUGUGGGGGGACGAGGACACGGUCGCCUACGAGUCUGAAUCAGACAGCGAGGAAGUGGACGUUCACGGCGAGAGGUCCGCUUUCAUCAAGACGCAGAGCUCGAUCUAGCUGGCCCCACGUGAUGCUGCCGCGGCGCGUGACACCGCGAGGUCCUGGUGUGUGUUUAGACCCGACGGAGACGAAACGCAGGCCUUACUGUCCCAUCAGCGACCCGUCCAAACGCAUUCAAGAGUCGAUCAUUUGUCUUUUAUCUAUUUAUUUACAUUUCUUUACUUAUCAGAUUAAUAUUUUGACUCUGUAUUUAUAAUGCAUUUGAAAGAAAUUGAGGUGUUAUUCAAUUAUUCAGUUGAUUAAAGUGAUUUAGUAUUGUACUUCUUUGACUUUACCUCGGAGGCUUCUCGUGAUAAAAGAAAGGUCCAAAUGAAAAGCAGCAGUGGCCGAUGUUUCCUGAGAGACACCCCGGUCCCAAGUCGAGGUAAAGCCCCCAAAAUAUAGAGUCACAUACAUUUCCCAUGAUGCAGCACAAAAAUGUGCUGUUUUUGGGGGGGGGUUUUCGUUAGACUCCCUGGUAAAUCCCCAUUUCUUUCAAACUCCACACUCCAAGUCAAAUUGGGUCCGAACACAUGUUCCAGAGUUUGCCUGGAACAUGUGACCAACGCAGUGCGGGGAGGUUGUCCGAGUCAGUCCCGCUCACACCAGAAGGAAAGUUUCUGGAACAUUCAGGCUGAGGAGCUGGCGCCUGGAAUCAGCACCAACUUGCUCGCCCUGAAUCAUCCCGGAGAUUUUGCUGCUGGAUUCUCGCAUCAGACUCACUCUGACAUGUUCUGCACAUUUUUUACCAGGGGGGGGCCGGCAGGGAGAGCUCCGGGAGAAAUGUCCGGAGCAACACUUGCUGACAUACGCGUUCCGAAACGCAUCCCCCUCCGGAAAAGUUCAGGAAAAUUCUUGGGUGCGUGUCUGAAAGCAGCUAUAGUGUGAAAUUGAUGGAACUGCUCCUUUAAAACCGGUCCCUCAGAGACACCAGGUCAUCAGAGAUCUGAUGAAGUUAAAGCGUCGUUACAUGUUGUCAGAUGUAUCCGAUUCUUUUGGGUGGGGGGCUGCAGGUUGAGAAGUCGACGCGCUGUUCAAUUAUUGUAAGAAGAAACUUUUCCAGUUGAGGACGUGUAUGCGGCUUCAUAAUAAAAACACCCCGCAGGCUGUUUGACGGCAGGAAGCUGUGGAGGAGGCUCUGCCUUCAGUCAGGCUGCACUGUGGGAACUGCCACUAAAGCACAGACAUAUCAGAAGAAAAAAAAAAAAAUCAUAUCGACUUCUAGCAGUCACACACACACUCACAGUUUUUGAGUGAGAUUUAAAACAAAAUCACUUAUCUGACCUUUACAACGUUGUUCUACUCGGCUGCUGCUGGUAAGAAAUGAAAUAAUUUCUCUCUUCAUUUUCCCCACAGAGCAGAUAUUGAUCUCGGGGGCUUCUCUCUCCCGGAAACGUCUCCAUCGGGGUAAAGCUUUUUCUUCUUCUUUUCUUUUUUUUCUCCCUCCUCGUCUGCAACAGUAGAGACUCACUGCUACGAGAAGAUGAAUCGAGAGGCCAGAAAGUGGUCCCAGGCGUGAUUACGAAAAUGAACAGAUCUUGUAUAUUAUUGCAUUUUCUAUGUUUGUUUUAUACCCGUUUUUUAUUUGACUGACACAUGGAUGUUAAUAUUGUAGAGAAGCUGGAAUAAAAAAAAAAAUGCUCUGUUGCAUAUGGA